AUCCCCCCUUCAAUCCUCCGACGGCGGAUCGACCGCACAUAACUUGCGUUCUGGGUGGUGGAUGUGGUGUUCGAACGUUUAAUAUCCACCCAACCACCACGCGUUGCAGAUCCGUACCCUCCCCUGCGAAGAAGGAGGAAGAACGACGAUGUCGGUGGCGCGCACCGUCUCCCUCUCCUUCUCCUCCUCUUCCUCCCUCUUGCUUGGAAGCUCAUCCAAGCGCCUGGCAUCCACUCCCCGCUCUGUUCGCCAGCCGCAUUCCGCCUCCCCCCGGAGGCUCCACAUCGUCAUGGCCACACCGUCUCAGCCGCUUGAGGUCUGCGUCAAGGCCGCUGUAACUUCUCCUGAAAAGCUUGGUGACUGCCCUUUUAGUCAGAGAGUCUUAUUGACACUCGAAGAGAAGAAGCUCCCUUACGACUUGAAGUUGAUAGAUUUGAGCAGGAAGCCGGAUUGGUUCACUGAAGCCAAUCCAGAAGGCAAAGUACCAGUGAUCAAAUUCGACGAGAAAUGGGUGUCGGAUUCGGAUGUUAUUACGAAGAUGCUGGAAGAAAGAUUUCCGGAGCGGCCUCUCGCUACCCCUCACGACAAGGCGGCGGCUGGAUCAAAGAUAUUUUCAGCAUUUAUUAAUUUUUUGAAAAGCAAAGACCCCAGUGAUGCAACGGAGCAAGAAUUGAUAAAUGAGCUGAAGUCCUUCAAUGAUCACAUCAAAGAGCAUGGUCCUUUUAUCAGUGGAAAGGAAAUCUCAGCAGCAGACCUCGCUCUUGGACCGAAGCUUUACCAUUUGGAGGUUGCCUUAAGUCACUACAAAAAUUGGUCAAUUCCGGAAUCUCUACAUCACUUGAAAUCAUACAUGAAUUUCCUCUUUUCCCGUGAUUCAUUUGAAAAAACUAAGCCCCAAAAGGAGGAUGUUAUUGCUGGAUGGAGACCAAAAGUAGUCGGUUGAUGAUGGUGAUGGUUCUUUCUAGCUACUCAGUAUUCACAAAGGCUGGUUCACGAUUGCUUGUUGAUAUACUGUUCACUUGCCUUCCACGUGUAUAAGGUGUAGAUAGAAGGCAACAUAAAAUGGAUGUGCGUUAAACAGGGGCACUUCCUUCCUGUCACUGGGAAAGAAGCUGAAAAGCAGCUCACUCUUUUGCUUGUUUUGGAGAUGCACAUUUUUAAGGGACAAAUAAUGUCGAAUAAAAUAUACGAAGAAUAUAACCUUUUUGUUCAAA